CCACUGGGCAGUCUGUGUACCAGUCCACCACCAUCCCCAUUCCCCUGUUCCCACGCUCCAUUUCCGAGGGCCGUCACCUUUGUCGGCCGAAUGGCGAGAGAGUCCUCCUCAUUCCACACGACACCAGGAGCACACCAGCUACAUCGCCAGAUGGGUCGCGUGGUACGACAAGAAGACGUCAGUUGAGGUUGUCAACAGCAGCUGUGCUGCUGCAACUGAAGGAGGCGUGACAUCUUUGGACUGACGUGCCUCGACCUGUGCUUCUGUUCAUGAUAGUGAGAGAGUUGCAGCUGUUCCUGCGCUACCUGCAGCGAGGCUCCUGAAGACCCCCGACUUCGUGAAACUUGUGCAGGGGAUGAUAUUCACUCUGGAGGGACCGGAGAAACUCCUGCCUGAUCCGAAGUACUAUACGAAGAACAUUACUGGAAUCAACCCAAAUCUGACAAUUUAUCUCGUCAUUGUACUUAAGGUGGGUCAGAUUCAGUUGAUACGGAGACAGAUCACGCGAGAUGAGAUGCAAGACGUGCAGUUUGACUCAAACAACACUACUGGCAAUUCCCGCAGCCUCAACCAGUCUCUGCUGACAGCAAUAGAGGCCCACUACAAAGACCCCUCCAUCCCUUAUCCCGGAGAGGACAAUGCCAUAUUGUUUGAGUUGACGCCUUACCUGGAGUCCGCUGGGUUCCACGACCCUCUCUCCAAGAUCUACGUGACACAACAACCUGUGGUGAAGAACUUCAGCAUCAUCUGCUUCUUGUUUGUCAUCACUCAACUCCCCAAACUCGUCUAUAACAAGAGCGUAGGAAGUCUUCUGAGUAGGAAGCCAACUGAUCCGUUGGACGGACCAGCUUUUGUGACGGGGUGUUUGUCUCUGCUGAGACAAUUCCAUUCCCAUAACACAGACCAGUUCCUGGGCUACAUGGGGCAGUACGUGCGGUCCAUGGUCCAUUCCAAUGCCUCCACCAAGUGAGAAUCCACACUUUUUUGCUAACUUCAACCCCCCCUCUAUUCGCAGGGACAAGGCGGUGAGUCUGUCAGCGGAGGUGGUGAAUGCUCUCUGCUACCUGGAGGAGCUGACCCACUACAGCCAUCUGCCCCGGAGAGCAGUGGAGAGAUUCAUCCCGGCCUACAUCUUUGCCGAGUUCAGACGACACCAGCAACUCUGAAAACCCAACCACUGGUGUGCAUCACUUUGAACUUGAUUUACAGAACCAUUGUGUUUGUGUUAUAAUUAUUCGUGCUAUAGCAGAUCUAAAUAAUAAUAUAUGGCUUUUCAGUUUGAUCACGAUGGUUGAAAUUAAUUUUGCCUCCUACUUGGAA